AUUCCCCCUGCGCCUGCCGCCUGCCGCCUGCCGCCUGCCGCCUGCACGUCCCCCUAGCCGCCCGUGGCUCCCCAUAACUUCGCGAAAUGGCUCGAUGGUGUCGCCUCAAGUGGCGCGCCCUCCUCUGACACCCCCCAAUUUCAACCACCCCCAGUUGUCAACCCCGUGUAACCUUCGUUAAAUUUAAACUCGGUGAGUUUCCUCAAUUUGAGGUUAACUUCUUAUCACCUCGACCCGUGCUGUUCAGUGUGUUUAUAGUGUCGUGAUUGGUCGUUCGCAAAAAAGCUCAUAACAUUCUUCGUAUUAAACAGUCUACUGUGCAUUCUUCUGUGAUUCCCUGAAUUUGAGGUUAUCCUCUUAUCUUUCGCGCCCGCGCCUUUAAGUGUGUAUUAAGUGUCACGAUUUGAGAACUAUGAGUCACUCGGAAAAUAUUUAGGUGAAUUCAAAGUGACGUCAACGCUGGAAUCAUUCUUCUCGUGCUAGACUUGAUAAAAAGAUUCCUGGACUUUGGACUUUGGACUUUUCAUGAACAUAGAAGCAACCAGAAAGCGAUUCCUUCAUUCAAAACUCAGUGGUAUUCUAAACUCUGGUGUCAACCGAUUAUUCAGUGCUUUUGAGCUCAUAUUCACCCAAUCCACCACACCGAACCACAACUCCGUGAUCCUGAAGUCUGACCUACUGGAGUCUCUACUUACACAUACGCUCUGUUGAUUUCAAUUCAAACGAACCGCCGCCUCGUUCGGGUGCCAUCCGUGUCUAAUUGUCUAAUUACCUUCACUAUUUUUCGCUCCAAAGCGGAACAGAUGUUCGCGGUGCCAUUCCUCUUUCGAACAGCUGAUUCACUCUCGACGUCAAAAAUUUCAUCAUCUAGCCUAAACCACCUCUUCGGAAGUUGAAUGAAACGUCAUGAGAGCUCCAAAGUGGUUACUAACCAUCCUCAUCGGUGCGGCUGGAGCGAACGGCAUGGAUGAUACUAAUUCAGAGCCUUUGCAAAACAAGACUAAAAUCGACUCACUGAGUGCUUGCUCUCAGGGUGAGUUGAAUGGCUGUACCAAAUCAAGUGCCAUGGUGAGUUGGGACCGGUUCACGUCUAGACAAGCUUUUGCUCCGUCGGAGCAUACGGAGUUUACGCGAUCGUCCAGAAGGGUGGAGAAAUUCUUAGGAUCAGAGGCCAAAUCUGUGGAUUCAAGCUGGACUGAGUUUGCGUGGACGAUGCUUGAAAGAGUUGGAGCCUUUGCGGCCGAUGAGCUGACGCAAGCUGACAGCGACGCACCCAGGUUUCUUGAUGAGAUUGCCUCGGAAAUUGACGCCUUGGAAGAUAAGAACGAUAACAUAUUCAGUCGCACGAAAAUGAAGAAGCUGCUGAUCCCUCUGCUGCUGGUUUUGAAGGUCUUCAAACUGAAACUAUUACUGUUCUUACCGCUGAUCCUGGGUCUGGUUUCAUUUAAGAAGCUAAUCGGCGUCCUGAUCUUCGCUCUACCAGCGCUCAUCGGUUUCUUGAAGCUCGCCAAGCUGCGGGAAAUCAGUCAUAGCUACGGGAGCUUUGGACACAGUAGCUACUAUAACCUCCCACCGCACCGUCGCUAUCAGCUCGCCACCGACGAUCCCGGCGUCUACUCCCGCUACGCACCCCCACCCCAUCCAACCCUGAGGGACAAGCACAGGGAUGCAUACCAGUAUGCGGGAACGCACCAGUCCCUCGCAAGUCCUCAGGGUAAUUCGCAGGAUGACCGACACCAUUUAGCUUAUAAUAGUUACCAAAGACCUGUAAAUAAAUGAGCUUGUUGCCAAA